CCACCAGAAAGUUCAUUCUAGGGUGCGUGAAAACUCCUCAUCCGGUUGGAGAAAGAGGAUUUCUUGUUUCCAUUGCCAUCUCACACGUCGACGUCAGUCAUCCACUGGAGUAUGUGAAGGUGCCACUGGUGUUACCAACCCCGACAGAUUAUCCUGAAGACAUUGACUUGGCGAGGAAUUUUAAGGAUCAAACGAACGAUGAGAGACAACUCGUCGACAUCAGGAAUGCCCGGUGCUCGGUAUUCCUCGCGGUAACGAAUCAAGGCUGAACGAAAAGGCGAAACUGAGUUAAUCACGAAACCAGUGGAUUUAACUGAUUAUCCGAGAGGUAUUAGUCCAAAUAUGGCAACAAGUGAGGAAGGUGUCACCGACCUGAGGGCAGAGAUCGAGAGGCUUUCGAGGGAAUUGGAUUUGGCAUCCACAGAGAAAAUUCAAUCUGCUCAGUAUGGCCUGGCCCUUCUCGAGGAAAAGUCAUCCCUGGAGCAGAGGUGCAAUGAGCUUGAGACCCUCUACGAAAAUACCAGGCACGAACUCGACAUCACUCAAGAGGCAUUGGCCAAGUUUCAAACUACAACGAAAUUGACGACUAAGAGUGGAAUCGAGCAGGAAGAGAGCCUUCUUUGUGAGAGUGCUGCCAGGGAAACGUCACUGCAGACGCAAAUAAUUGAGCUUGAGACUGAUAUUAAACAGCUGCGUCACGAGCUCGAGCGAGUGCAAGCCGAGCGUGAUCAUGCCCUCCAGGAGCGUGAGGAUGUUGGCAAGGAUCACCAGCAGGCGGAAUCAGAGCGGAAAAAUCUUCGCUCGGAGCUCCGAGAGUGUCGCUUCCGUGAAACUCGUCUACUCCAGGAUUAUUCAGAACUCGAGGACGAGAAUAUAUCCCUUCAAAAACAAGUGUCGACCCUGCGCUCGAGUCAAGUCGAAUUUGAGAGUGCAAAACAUGAAAUAAGAAGAUUGACCGAGGAAGUGGAGACACUGAACAGUCAGGUUGAAGAGCUGUCGAACCUCAAAACGAUUGCUGAGAAGCAGAUGGAGGAGGCACUGGAGUCCCUCCAGGCAGAGCGUGAGGCCAAGUAUGCCUUGAAAAAGGAACUCGACCAGAGAAUGAACAGCGAAUCGAUCUACAAUCUUAGUAAUCUUGCUCUCUCGAUCCGAGGAAUCACUGAAGACCAAACGAUAUGCAGUGAUGGAGAGGACGAUUCUCCAGCUCUCAGGCGGAUUGAGGCUGAUCUCAAGACCCAGGAGCCAGGAACAUCAGCUGCUGGCAAACAAGUUGAUCUGUUUUCAGAGAUUCACCUGAAUGAACUGAAGAAACUGGAGAAACAACUGGAACUCGCUGAGUCAGAGAAGGCCCUGUUAACGCAGAAUUUACGAGACAGUCAGCACGCGGUGGAGAAGAGCCAGGGGGAGUUGCAGGCCUUUGUCGCCAGGAUUGUGCAAUUGUCAGCUCACGUCCAGUCGCUUCAGCACUUGCAUUCAAAGCUUCCAGAAAAGCAGACAGAGGAGACUGCUAUGGAUAAAUUAACUCAGGCUGUUAUGCAGUACCACCAAUGGAGCACAAUGUCGGCUCACGAGGUAGAACAACUCCAGAAAGACCUAUUGGAGCUCGAAGCUGGUUUAACCAUCUCCGACACAACUCAACAACUGAGAUCAGAGCUGACAAAUCUUAGAAACAAGAUACCACUGUCAGAGAAGAGCCUUCAGGAAAAGCUGCUGGACACCGAGCACAAGAACACCCAGUUGGAGUCAGACGUUGGCAUCGUCUCGAAACUGGCGGCUGAAGCUGGUGGUUGCCUGGACACAGCUCAGAAUGAUCUUCAGAAUAUUUCCGACGAGCUUGCUCAACUGUAUCACCACGUCUGCGCUGUCAAUGGUGAAACACCGUCCCGAGUGAUUCUUGAUCACGAAAAAAUUGUCCCUAUGAAGGAGGAAGAGUCUAGUGGUAGAAUCGAGUGGUUGAGAACGCUGUCGAAGACUGGACUGCCUAUCAAGGAUCUGGAGAGUCUCAGCAAGGCAAAGGAGAUUGGGAAGCACAUUGAGACUGUCAUGGACCAGAUCAAGCACCUCAGCAAUGCUGUAGAGCAUACGAUCGACAUGUCCAAGCUCAAGGGAACACAGGGGGCCGUAUCUGAUGCUGACAAUGAGAUCAAGGCAGAGGAGUCAGAGCUCCGGGAACAGGUGAUCAAGCUGAAAGCCCAGUUGUCCACGAAGAUGGAACAGAUCGCCACCCUCAGGACUGUCCUCAAAUCCAACAAAAACACAGCUGAAGUCGCCUUGAACAACCUCAAGAGCAAGUACGAGACUGAGAAGAGCAUCGUCAGCGAAACCAUCUCGAAGCUGAGGAAUGAGCUGAGGAGAUUGAAGGAAAAUGCUGCAACAUUCUCCAGUUUACGUGCGAUGUUUGCCGCGCGUUGUGAGGAAUACGGAACUCAAGUAGAAGAGCUUCAGCGUCAAUUGCAAAUAGCUGAAGAUGAUCGAAAGACCUUGAAUCAUCUCCUGCGACUGGCUGUCCAGCAGAAACUGGGACUCACCAUGAAGCUCGAGGAGCUCGAGGUAGAUCGUGAAUUGAGAAACUCCCGAAGACACGGGACUGGGGGUAAUGGACGUGGUGGCCGACCUCGAAUGCAACAACAGUCAAACCGUCCUCACGGCAGAGAUUUCUUCUAGAAGAUGGUCAAGAUGUGGAGCAAAGUAUUCUGAGUGAAUCCGCUCAGGGGAAAAUAUUCAACAGAGAGAUAACACUUGAUUACCUCGAUCACCCCUUGAAUUGCCUAUUGGAAUUGAUACAUUUGGUAAUUAUCGAUAUCUAAUCGUGCCAGAGAUAUUUUUACAGAAUACCACCGAAUUCACUGGGCAAUUGUUCGAGGUAUUCUAUAAACGUGACCACUCGAUAGCUCCAUAUCGUGGAACAGGAAUUAUUUUUUCUUCGUUACCAAUUUAAUAUGUUCUACUGUUUAGAACAAUUUUGCGAAACGAAAUGUCUUUCGUUUGUAUUGUUAAAUAGGAAGAGUUCGAUGGAAGACGAAAAUAAUGAUGGAAUAACCAUCCAUUUUAGGGGAGGGAGGGGAUGAUUAUUUAUGUUUAAUCAUUGGUAGUGACAAUACUAUUGUUGUAACGAAGAGAUGAGAAUUAAAAUUCGUAGGUAAAGCAUAAUCAAUUGUAGAUGUAGGAAUGGAGAAUUUUUUCCAAGGGGGAAAUUUAGAUACUUAGAAUUUUUUAUUCGUCAUACACUGAUUACAGGCUUCAUCCUUCUGUCCAUUCUGAUGCUGGUAGAUAACUCUGAUAAAAAAUAUGAAUCAAUUCCGUCUAACUCGUUAAUUUGGCAGCUAGUUGCAACUUAGUAGUAUUAUUCAUUUUUAAAGAAAUAUUUUAUCUGCAAUAAUAUAUUCGUCGUAUUAUUUUAUCGUUUAAUUGACUUAAUGGAUCAAGUAUUUUAUCUGUUGUGAACAGACUCUGCUAUUAUCAUUCUUAAGGUGGUCGUAUGAAUUUUUAAAUCGAAUGAAAAAUCGUCAGGAGCUGUUAUUGUCGAAGUAAAUUUCAUUGAAAAAAAA